AUGAGUAGAAAGGAAACAUUAAAGAAAGCCCUAGGCCUCACUAUUUAUACAUGGAGUUCAGACGAUGAACUGACGAAUGCUGCUGAACUUCCUUUCGUCCAAACUACACAACCCAGGCCAUCUGUAACUAACCAAGUUUUAAAUAGAUCCAGUUACAGCACAUCUACCUACGCUGCUGGGAAUAUGUCAAGACUAGAGAGAGAUAUGUAUUGGAAUAUGCUCCUUAGUGGUCCUUCUUCAUUCUGGGGAUCAGCUUCGUAUGAUUGCGCAGAAAUGCAGCAAAUCAAUCCAAAUUGCCCAGUGUCUCAACUGCAAAGACUAGAUGCUAUAAAGAGGAUAUCAAAUUUGAACAAAUUAAGGAGGAAAAAUGACCGAGCUAGAAGCACUCGGAGCGCACAGACUUCCCAGAAUGAUGCUAACACAUCAGAGGCAACUACAUCAGCGGGCAGUGCUGGUCAAGCAGAUAAUGAACAGGAUCAAGUGUUCCUUCCUCAUUCAGAGGAAAAUUCUAAUGAUAAUGAGGAAUCAUUGGCAGCGGACCCGUUGAUAAAUGGACGUAAUUUGCAAAUGCGACCACAGACGCGGGCGCACAGCAUCGCCAUCAACAAUCAAAUGAACGCAUCUAUUCAAGAAUUACGCGAUGAAAAUAGAGAGGAAAAUGAGGCAGGUCCUAGUCAGGUCGAAGUCCCACAGACCAGACACUUAAGGAAAAGAAGACUUAGAAGUCCAGCAGUCAGAUUGGCUGAUGGCGUUGGACUGAGAAAGAGAAGUCGAAGAGAUAACUUAAUAAUGAACGAGCAAGGUCACCGUGGACAGACAUCUACACAGAGCGAUGCUAAUCCGACGGAUGCAGUUAUUGUUGUCAACGAUGACGAUGAGGAGAACGUUCCAGAACAGACACUGUCCCGGCCUGUUCAUAAUCUACAUAACGAAGAUGAUGCAGAACCAAAUCGUCCGGACCCACUACUUAAUCAGACCAAUUCGGAAGAAGCGGACAGACAAUUUCAAAGCCAAAGUGACGUCCAAAGCGCUGAAACGAGCACCACCAGUCGUGCGCAAACGCAGGAAGAGGAAAAUGAGGCAACUGUGGAGGAUAGGACAUUACCACCACGCAAACGCUAUAGAAAACAGAAAGUGAUCAAUGACAGGUGUGCUGCCCUUUUGAAAGAAUUAAAUGCGAAACUCCUUAGUAUUUUGGAGUGCCCGGUGUGUUUGGAAUGGAUGGAGCCUCCGAUCACACAGUGCGGGCGAGGGCACCUCGUCUGCCGCAGUUGUCGUUCGCGUCUCCAAGCGUGCCCGUUGUGUAGGAAGGAGUUUUCCACGGUUCGCAACCGCGCCAUAGAGGCUGUCUCGGAGCUAGUGCGCUACCCGUGCCGCUUCGGCUGUGGGCAAGAGAGGCAGCUGAAGAGUCGUGCUGGUCACGAGUCGAACUGUCACUUGCGCGUUUACCGCUGUCCGUCCACCGCUUGCGCCAAUCGGGAUCCUAUGCAACGGGCGGAGUUGUCGAAGCACUUCGAAACUCGGCACCCAUUGUAUGUGAAGCGGGGUCGAUACCUUAAGCUGCGCGUUUGGUUGAGUCGCAAAGAGAGUGAGAACUAUAUAGCAAUGGUGGGGAAUGAGAUGUUCAAUGUGCGGCUAGUGGUUGACCCGCGCCGCUGCGUAGUUAUCUACGUCACGUACAUCGGGCCUGUCGCCCAAGCCAGGAAUUUCAGUUACGAGGUGUUCCUAAAAGGUCAGAAUCGCAACCGGAAGAUGGUGUACAGUCGCGAAACGCAUCGAGACAUUGAAAGUUAUUCGCUGAUCGCUAAGCGGAAGGAUUGCUUCUAUCUUCCAAUUCAUCAUGCUGUUAACUUUAUUCGUAGGAGGACUGAAGCAAGUCAACCGACCAACCUACAACUGGAAUUGAGCUUGGUGAUAAACUCCAAUGAUCCGAGCACACCGGACGACGAUGAGCCAAGCUCCUGA